UUCUUCGUCGUCCCCAAAUCAUCAUCAUUUUGCGUUCUAGGGUUUCCAACAAUCUCCAAUCAUCCCCUUCGAUUUCCCUUGUUUUCAUCUCCAAAUUGAUCUUCAUACUGUUUCCAUAGGUUUGUUUAGGGUUCCUGAGGUUCUGGGAUUUCGAUUUCUGGUUCUAGGGUUAGGGUUUUCCAGUUUGGGUGGUCGGGGAUUGGAGAACUAGGGUUUGUGGAUAAUGUGUAUACUGUGCGUGGUUCAGCGGUGGUCGCGAAGGCUGGCAACGAUGCUGCCAUGGCUGGUGAUCCCGUUGAUGGCACUGUGGGCGUUGUCGCAGCUCUUGCCACCGCAUCUGCGGUUUGAGAUAACGUCACCGCGUGUUGCUUGUCUCAGCGUGCUCCUUGUGACGGCGUUCUGGUAUGAGAUUCUCAUGCCACAGCUAUCUGUUUGGCGAGCUCGCCGCUCGGCUCGCAUCCGUGAGCGGCGUCGUGCUGAGGCGCUUGAGCUUCAUAAGCUCCGGAAGACGGCUACUAGAUGCUGCCGGAAUUGUCUGACGCCGUACAGGGAUCAGAAUCCUGCUGGUGGGCGGUUUAUGUGCUUUUGUUGUGGACAUGUGUCGAAGCGCCCUGUGCUUGAUCUUCCUGGUGGGGUGGCUCCCAGCUCAGGCAUCCAUGGUUGGAUUUGUGGGCAGGAUUGGGCGGCGGAGGGUAAUGGAAAUUGGAGUAGCCCUGUUCCGAGGUAUAGGGCUGGAAAUAGUGAUGGGGGUGAUGAUCGUUGCAUGACGGAGAAGUCUUAUUGUGGUGCUUUGAUCUUUGUUUGUAAGUUGAUGUCUUGUUUCUUUGUGAGUGUUCGGUGGAUUUUGAGGAAGAUUUUCAGAGGUGGUUCUUUGAGUGAGGAUGCGGAUGAUGGGGAUAACAAAGGGUUGUUGAGGAGAAGAGAGAAUGUUGGGAAUUGUCAGGAGAGUAGAAGUGAGAAAUCUAGAAGGAAAGCUGAAGAGAAGAGGCAGGCCAGGUUGGAAAAGGAAAUGCUGGAACAAGAGGAGAGAAAGCAGAGGGAAGAGGUUGCGCGAUUGGUGGAAGAAAGAAGGAAGUUGAGGGAUGAGAUUUUGGAAGCUGAGAGAAUUCAUUCGAGGGGCCCCGGGCAUGAUGGGGAUAGAGAGAAGAGAAAGGAGUCUGACAAGAAGAGGCAAGAGAGAAGGAAGGACAAGGAUAAGGACAAGGGCUCGAGUAAAAGCAACUCUGAUGUUGAGGAAUGUGAGAGGAGAGCUAGUAGAGAGAAUGAGAAGAAACACGAGUUUGAUAAGAAGAGUGAGAAUGAGCGGAAGGAGACGAUAAAAACAAUGGCAGACAAAUAUAAACUGCAGGCAUUGGAAGCUGGAAAUGUGACAAAAACAGCGACAGGAAGCCGACACAAGUAUUUUGAUCGUGUGAAGGGAUCUUUCCUAUCAUCUUCGCGAGGUUUCAAUGGGUCUUACCUUUUUGGUAGAAAUGCUCAAAGUGCUGCUGUUGCCAAAGUGAGCAAACCUUCAACUGGAUACAUGGAUCACACACAGAGUUCUUCUAUCAGGAAAGACACUCAAUUUGCCAGUCAUGUAGCUGGAAAAUCCACUUUGACUCCAGAUGAUAGGAUCUCAAAGUCAAGCUUCAACAAAGCUGUUGGAUCAGAGGUGAGGGCUCAGCAGGCUCCGGCUCCUAAGAAAUCGUGGCAUCAUCUGUUUACCUGUUCUUCAGCUGUUUCUCCAUGUAAUGAUAUGAAUAACACCAACUAUUUGAACCCAAAUGGCUUGUCAGAAGCUCAGAGUUCACAGAUGACUGAUCAAAGAGCGUUGCAUCGUCAUUCUGUAGACAACCAAAUCAAACCCAUGCAACAGUUGCCUUUUAGCAUCUAUCCUGCCGUGAGUGGCUCAAUUGGUGACGAUAGGAGUUGUCGUUUAUCGCCUUCUGACCCUAUAUAUAAUGGACAAGAAGUAAAUUCUACACUGGAAGAAGCAGAAAUUUUUGGAGAACCAUGCUAUGUCCCUGAUCCUUCUGUCUUACUUGGCCCAGUUUCUGAUUCACUGGACAUUUUUCCUCCAGACUUGGUUUUUGGCUAUGAUGCACAGAAUAAGUUAGAAGAACCGCCAUACCUAGAAAGUAUAUCUACCCUUGCAGAUGUGAGCAAGCCAUCUCCAAUAGAAUCACCCUUUUCCAGAUCACGCAUCUCUGAACAUGCUGCAAUUGGCCAGCCUCCACAGACCAGGAAAGCAAAGAGUGAGGCAAAUAGUCCAAAUGAACAAAAUACAUGGCAACUGUGGGGCACUCCAUCGGCUCAAGAUGUGCUGGGUUUGGUGCCCAGGCCUUCUAGUCGGUUUUCACCUCUUGGGCUUAAGAAAUCAAACCAAGAUGAUAUGGUGCAUCCCUUGGCGAACAGUCCUAUGAUAUCACAAGCUGCAGUGAAAAAUCAUUCUCUUCCCAGCAACCACUCUUCUCUGAAUGCACAUGGUGCUAAUUAUCAGAAUGAUGGGACGUUUAAUCCAUUUGGUCAUGCUUUAAAUGAGAAUGAAAUAUGGACACAAGAGAGUCUAUUCAAGCCAAUGCCAGUUAAUGAAGAAAGUCAUAUGCUUCCCCUUAAUAUAAUGGAUAAAUCUGCUAGGAAUGAGAUGGGAUAUCCCAAUCUGAACUGCACAGAAACUGGCCUUCCUUUUGAUCUACCUUCUGCGAAUCGUUGGUCCAAGAAAGAUCAGGCUCCUGGAAACUCAAUCCCUGCACAGCAUACUGAAAGCCUGUUUUUAGCCGGUCCUGAUGUACAGUCAGUUUGGGACUUCAAUCAAAAAGGAAAGAAUAUAUCCACCAUACCAUCAUCAUACAAGUGACAAAACA